AUGGAGAGUUUUGCUGUUAAGGUAGAAGAAGGAAAGCAGGGUCAAGCCGGGCAACCGUCAGUUGGUCCCGUUUAUCGUAACCUACUGGCGGAACAUGCUUAUCCACCCGUCGAUCCUAAUUUAUCCACUUGUUGGGAUAUUUUCAGAGAAUCAGUAGAUAAACAUUCUGGGAACAGGAUGCUCGGAUGGCGUGAGUUGGUUGAUGGAAAGUGGGGGCCUUAUGUUUGGAAAACUUACAAGGAAGUAUAUGAAGAGACACUACAAGUUGGUUCCGGCUUGCGAAAACAUGGUUUCGAACCAGGUGCUCGAGUAGGAGUUUAUGGAUCAAAUUGUCCUCAGUGGAUUGUUGCAAUGGAGGCCUGCAACGCCCACAGCUUUAUUUGUGUUCCUCUGUAUGAUACCCUUGGCCCAGGAGCUGUUGAUUACAUAUUAGAUCAUGCUGAGGUUGAUGUUGUUUUUGUUCAAGAUAGGAAAGUGAAAGAACUACUGAAUGCUGAAUGCACUCAUGCUCGAAGGCUGAAGUUGAUUAUUUGCUUCACUUCGUUAACGGGCAAACAAAAGGAUAAGGCCGCCUCUAUUGGCAUCACAAUGUGUUCUUGGAAAGAAUUCCUUAAUAUGGGAAGAGAAACUCCAUGUGAAAUUUCACCUCCAAAACCGUCAGACAUUUGUACGAUUAUGUACACCAGUGGCACAAGUGGUGAUCCUAAAGGUGUCAUAUUGACCCAUGAAAACAUUUCAACAAACAUAAGGGGCGUUGAUCUUUUCAUGGAGCAAUUUGAAGACAAGAUGACUGUGGACGAUGUGUACAUUUCAUUCUUACCCCUUGCUCACAUUCUUGAUCGUAUGAUUGAAGAAUAUUUCUUCCAUAAGGGUGCUUCUGUUGGCUACUAUCAUGGGAAUAUCAAUGAGAUUAGGGAUGAUUUGCUCGAGCUAAAGCCGACAUUUUUAGCUGGUGUCCCGCGAGUGUUCGAACGAAUCCAUGAAGGAGUCCUAAAAGCUGUUGAAGAACUCAACUGGAGGAGGAGAAAAAUUUUCGACAUGCUGUACCAAUACAAGCUUUACUGGUUGAACAAAGCAUUAAGUAGUGAAGUCGAGGAGUUCCUAAGGGUUACUUCCUGUGCUUUUGUAGUACAAGGAUACGGGUUGACCGAGAGUUGUGGAUUGUCGACUAUUGGCUUUCCAGACGAGAUGUGCAUGAUCGGGACAGUAGGUUCCCCUUUUGUUUAUUCCGAGGUUUGCCUAAAGGAGGUUGAGGACAUGGGGUACGAUCCUCUGGGGAACCCCCCACGUGGUGAGAUAUGCCUUCGGGCAAAAACCCCAUUUGCGGGAUACUACAAGAACCCGGAAUUGACACAGGAAGUUGUCAAGGAUGGAUGGUUUCAUACAGGUGAUAUAGGAGAGAUGCUGCCCAAUGGAGUUGUAAAAAUCAUUGAUCGAAAAAAGAAUCUUAUUAAGCUAUCACAGGGAGAGUAUGUUGCCGUUGAGUAUCUGGAAAAAGUUUACACUAUUACACCAGUUAUAGAAGAUAUAUGGGUUUAUGGAGACAGUUUCAAGUCCAUGCUCGUCUCAGUUGUGGUACCAAAUGAGGAAAACACCUUAAAAUGGGCAAAGCAAAACGGCCUCAAAGGGUCGUUUUUGGAUUUGUGUUCCCUUGACCAGUUCAAAGAUCAUAUUAUCCUCGAGCUAAAGUCCACAGCUGAGAGAAAUAAGCUGAGGGGAUUUGAGCACAUCAAAGGUGUAAUAGUUGAGCCUCAGCUCUUCGAGUUGUCUGAGAAAGAACUGGUGACAGCAACACUGAAAAAGAGAAGAGACAGAUUGCUUAAGCAAUAUAAGGUGGAGAUCGACUUCCUCUAUCAAAAGCUAACCAAAGCAAGGUCAUAG